AGGAAAGCAGGAGAAGCCUCCCAGUGGAACCCCAUGAACAGAAGAUUCUCAGUCCCUCGUGUUUUUAGAAAACACAAAAGCAGAAUUCCGAAACAAAAUAAAAACAAAUAUACAAAUAAAGCAGAACUGUUUUCAUUUCUUUUUUCUUCUCUUUCUUGAGUUAUUAUAAUUUGUUCCCCACUCGCCAAGUCAUUCGAAUAAAGUUCAUGUAGCUGAAAGCGAUUCCUCCCAGCAUCAUAAAACAGAGAAGGAAGGGAGAGAGAAAAGACCCACAAUGCUGUGCAGAAGAAAUUCUCGCAGGAAAAAUGAGGAAGGAUCAGUGCCCGUCUACCUCAAUGUGUAUGAUCUCACCCCCAUCAAUGGCUACGCCUACUGGCUCGGCCUCGGGGUUUACCAUUCUGGGGUUCAAGUUCACGGAGUGGAGUACGCUUUCGGAGCCCACGAGUAUCCGACGACCGGAAUUUUCGAGGGAGAACCGAAACAGUGCGAUGGAUUCAGGUUUAGGAAGACGAUAUUGAUCGGGUGGACGGAGAUGGGGCCGGCGGCCGUGAGAGCUAUCAUGGAGGAGCUUGCAGAGAAUUACAGAGGAAAUGCUUAUAAUCUCAUCACCAAGAACUGCAACCAUUUCUGCAACGAUGCUUGUGUUAGGCUUACUGGGAAUCAAAUCCCCCGCUGGGUUAACAGGCUCGCUAGAAUUGGUUUUCUUUGCAAUUGUGUUCUGCCAGCGACUAUAAAUGGGACUAAAAUCCGUAGAAUUGAAGAUAAGGUUUAUGAAGGAGAGAAGAAGAAAUUAAGAAGCCACUCGAGUAGAUUUACAUCGUCCUCCAAUUCGUCGUCUUCUUCAUUGUCCUCUCCAUCUUGCUCCAUGAUUAGAAGAAGUAGAAGCAGGCAGUCUCAUCCUGCUUCUUCACCAUUGAUUACUAGUUCUUCAUCCUGAAUAGCUUUGAUUGCAGCCAAAACAUUGAGCAUAUAGUUUUUCUGUUAAUCUUAUUUAAAUUUAUGAAGGAAAUUGAAAGGGCAACCCGGUGCAUAAACCUUUCAAAUUUCAAUUUUGUUCUUUCAUUCUUUUCUCGUGAGAUCGAAUAUUGAUGGUAACAGCUUCCCAAGAAGGGGCCCUGUGCUUGGAAUGAAUUAGGUCCCUGUACAUGUGC